UCAAAAAGGGAGCCCUCCCUUUUUUAUUUUUUAAAAAUCAUACAAAAACCAAAGACACUUUCCUCAUUCAUUCCCCAUGGCUACACCCAAAGCAGAACCAUCAUGGGGAGAGCACUUAGGCUCCAAGAAUUGGGAAAAUCUCUUGGACCCAUUGGACCAAACCCUCCGAACCAUCAUCCUCCGGUGCGGCGACUUCUGCCAGGCCACCUACGACGCCUUCGACAACGACGAGAACUCCAAGUACUGUGGAGCUAGCCGCUAUGGCAAGUCCUCUUUCUUCGACAAGGUCAUGCUCGACUCUGCCUCCGAUUAUAACGUAUAUUCUUUCCUCUACGCCACCGCUCGUAUCAGUGUCCCCAAGGCGUUUAUCCUUCACUCCCUCUCCAAGGAGUGUUGGGACCGCGAGUCCAACUGGUUCGGGUACAUAGCCGUGACUUCCGAUGAACGGAGUAAGAACUUGGGCCGCCGUGAAAUCUACGUGGCAUACCACUCUCCAUCUACAAGAAACUCAACGUUGGAGAACUCAAACCGGCUGAUGCAUGGAGCCGGUCAAGAUGUCACGGACGCCAUAGUCAUCGGUGGCAGUGACAGUGACAGUGAUGACGAGAGUGGAGUGCCGAAGGUGAUGAGUGGAUGGUUCACAAUCUAUACUUCCCACAACCCGAAAUCUCGGUUCACCAAUCUGAGUUUGCGGUCACAGCUCUUAAUCAAGAUCAAGGAAUUGAUGGAGAAGUACAAGGACGAAAACCCGAGCGUGAUCGUGACAGGGCAUAGCUUGGGAGCAACCGAAGCCAUUCUCGCCAGUUUUGACCUAGCCGAGAAUGCAGUGGCAGAUACUGUUCCAGUCACUGCCAUUGUAUUUGGUUGUCCACAGGUAGGUAACAAGGAGUUCAACGACCAAGUGAUGCGUCACAAGAACCUGAAGAUCCUCCAUGUGAGGAACAAAAUCGACCUCCUAACUCGCUACCCAGGACCAUUUCUGCACUAUGUUGACACCGGUAUUGAUUUUGUGAUCGAUACCCGGAAGUCGCCGUACUUGAAAAAUUCAAAAACUCCCGGCGACUGGCACAAUCUGCAGGCGAUGCUCCAUGUCGUGGCGGGGUGGAACGGGAAGAAGGGAGAGUUUCACCUGAUGGUGAAGAGAAGUCUGGCAUUGGUGAACAAGUCAUGCGAGUUUUUGAAGGAUGAAUACCUGAUUCCAGGGUCCUGGUGGGUGGAGAAGAACAAAGGGAUGAUCAAGAACGAGGAUGGUGAGUGGAUCAUGGCUUCCCCCGACGAAGAACCUGUCCCGGAAUUCUGAACCUGGCCUAGCAAAAGCAUGUAUACAUAAACAUGGAACUUCAAAUAGGAUCAUGUCGUGUUAAUCAAUGGGAAGGAUUUUGAGUUUCCAGGAAAACGAAACACACUGCAAAGCUGGAUUGUUUAUU